AUGAAGUUCUGCGGUGUGGUAACGCCGUUUAGAGGUGUCAGAGUCUAUGCCAGAUCUGCUAUGGGCAUUCCCGGAUCGGAAACCGCUUUAGCGGAACGUCUGUGUCGCGUUCUCGGUUCAUUACUGAAAGAAGGUAGUGUUGUGAAAAUUGCAGAUGAUCUUUUCUGUGGUGGCAAUACAAUCGACGAGGUGUUAAACAACUGGAGGAGCGUUCUUGCUUGUCUACUAAAGGCCAACCUCCAUCUCUCUCCUCGCAAGACGGUCAUAUGUCCGAAGUCCACAACCACCUUAGGAUGGACUUGGAAUUCAGGUUCACUUUCGGCAAACUCUCACAGGAUUGCUACGCUUGUCAACUGCUCUGUACCACCUACAAUCAAGGGUCUUCGAUCGUUCAUUGGUGCUUACAAGGUACUCGCCCGUGUUCUACCUGGAUGCGCAUCAGUUCUUUCUCCACUAGAUGACAUCACUGUAGGCAAAUAG